AUGUCUGCUUCAUGUGCUGUAACACCGUCUGCUAGGACUGAACUAUUCAGCUCAUCAUCUAAAAGAUCAAUCUUUCCUGCGCAAAUUUGCCGACCCAGAUACAAAUGUGAGAUCAGCAGAAGGGAUUUUGCAGUGAGAGGGAUUGUUGCUUCUGGAGUUUCCGUCAUGGGUACUCCUUCUUCACCAUCAGCUGCUUCUCAGUCUGUUAAAGGUAGUGGUAGGUUGGCUUACAAGCCAGAAGGCUAUAACUUUUGGGAAUGGAGAGGUCACAAGAUUCAUUAUGUGGUUCAAGGAGAAGGCUUGCCUCUUGUUCUUAUUCAUGGGUUUGGUGCUUCUGUCUUUCAUUGGAGGUAUAACAUUCCUGAGCUGGCUAAGAAGUACAAAGUCUAUGCCUUGGACUUGCUUGGUUUCGGAUGGAGUGACAAAGCCCUCAUAGAGUAUGACGCCAUGGUUUGGACAGAUCAAGUUACUGAUUUCAUGAAAGAGAUUGUGAAAGAGCCAGCUGUUGUGGUUGGGAACAGCCUUGGAGGAUUCACGGCGUUGACAGUUGCGGUGGGAUUACCAGAGCAGGUCACAGGAGUUGCACUACUAAACUCUGCAGGACAAUUUGCAGCCGAGAGUAGGAAACGAGAGGAAGCUGAAGAAACCGUGAUAACCAAGUUUAUAGUGAAGCCAGUGAAAGAGAUCUUCCAACGUGUGGUUCUCGGGUUCUUGUUCUGGCAAGCCAAGCAGCCUUCUCGGAUCGAAUCCGUCUUGAAGAGUGUGUACGUAGACGCUACUAAUGUCGAUGACUACCUUGUGGAAUCCAUUUCAAAACCUGCAACAGAUCCAAAUGCUGGAGAAGUAUACUACAGAUUGAUGACAAGGUUCUUGAUGAACCAGAGUAGAUACACUCUAGAUAGUGUUCUAAGUAAGAUGACUUGUCCGCUUCUGUUGCUUUGGGGAGAUCUUGACCCGUGGGUUGGUCCUGCUAAAGCCGAGAAAAUCAAAGCGUUUUACUCCAACUCGUCGCUUGUGCACUUGCAAGCAGGGCAUUGUCCUCAUGAUGAAGUCCCGGAAGCUGUGAACAUAGCUUUGUUGGAUUGGCUGUCCAAUGUAGUUUCCAAGCCAUCAUCCCCUGAAGUCAUGGAUGUGUAA